AUGGAUCGUGCAAGGAAGCGCAAAUUGCGCUCCCUGAACACCCGCGCUUGGGAAGGCGAGACAGAUCUGUUCGCCGCCAGCAAAUCCCUCGAUUCCUCUCUGAAAAAGAACACUGCCUUCAUCAAGCGCCUCCGAACCGCAAUCUCCGCUGCCACUCUGAAUACCUUCCUCCAGGAGAUACGCACCCUCAGCCUGCACAAAUACCUCUCCGAGAUUGUUUCUGCCUGCUAUGAGGGCUUAUGCAAACUCAAGUCCCCCGGCGAGAUCGAGGCCGGUGUCGAAAUCGUCAGCGCUCUGCACCAGCGCUUCGGCCCCAGCGAGUUUACCGAAUACUUGGGAUGGCUGCUUGGCAAGGGAAUGGCCACGCCCGACAAGAGCUUACUCAAGUCACUGGCCCCGGAAGUCCGCGAAAAGGAGGAGAAAGAGCGCUUAACGCGCCAACGAGUGCUCUUGCGCGUCGUCACUGAACUUUGGCUAGUUGAUGUCCUCCGGACCCUCGACGAUGUUACCCGACCGGACGAUGCCACCAAGGGCGCAACAGGCAAGGUUCCCGAGUUGAAGAUCAAGGCCCAAUCGAACAAGACUGGUGCUGCCGAGCCAUUUCCUCUUGAGGUGCUCAAAGACUUGCUUGGACAUGACAGAGAGCAUGUCAAUUUGCCUCUGCUCGUCAUUUUCGUCAAGGCCUUUAGCUGGGACAUUCUUGGCGUCAAAUCUGCGGUGGGCGAGGGCCGAAAAACAGUUGAGGAGGACGGCGCCACGAAGGUUUCCAACGGCCCUGCGCAAAGCGACGGCGACACCGAAGACUCCACAACCGAGACCGAUGAACAACCGAUCACGCCCCCCGACCUUCAGGAGAAGUUCAAAACCAUUCUCAAGAAGUACUUCGAAGAUGUGAAAAAUCACGUGGUUCGCGAUCAAAAGUCCAUUCAUUCACAGGCCCGACGCAAUGCUGAGGCUUACGUCAAAUCCGGCGAGGUCUUCGAGGACCGUCAGGCAAAUUUCGAAAAGCAGGUCAAGGCUCAGGAGAGACUCGUGGCAAACGCUCAGGCCAUCGCGGAUGCUAUUGGUGCCGACAUGCCCGAUCUCAAGGACAACGACGAUUCUUUGGGGGCAUCGAAUGGGUCAAUCGGCCUGGUCAAGGCAGGAGAGUACCUGCGUGGUCUCGGAGAUGGUGCCGGUAUCUGGGAGGACGAAGACGAGCGUCGCUUCUACGAAAAUCUGGUCGACUUGAAAGGCAAGGUUCCGGGAAUUCUUCUGGAUGAUGGAAAGAAGAAGAAGCCGGAUAGUGAGGAGCAAGUGGGCAAGAAGAUUGAUCCAGCUGAGGCCUCCGAAGCUCCGAAAGUUCCGGACCCAUCCGAUGACCAGUCUACUGCGAUUGCCAACAAGACGAUUGGUGCUCAAGUUGAUGCUGUACUCGCCCGACUGCCUGAUCUCACAAACAAAGACAUCAUUGACCAGGCUGCCAUUGAUUUCUGUUACCUGAACUCCAAAGCUUCAAGGAAUAGGUUGAUCAAGGCCCUGACCGAGGUUCCCAAAGGCCGAGGCGAUCUUCUCCCGUCGUGGGCGAGACUGGCUGCGACCUUGGGACGAUAUAUGCCUGAUAUCCCCAAAGGUCUGGUUGACUAUCUCGAUGCCGAGUUUCGCAGUCUUCAGAGACGCAAGGACAAGGACUUCCUCGGCCAGGUCCGGUUGAGCAACAUCCGGUACCUUGCUGAGCUGACCAAGUUCGGCAUCGUCCCUGAGCACGUUGUUUUCCACUGUCUCAAGGUCAGCCUGGACGACUUCUCGAGGAUGAACGUUGAAAUCAUUUGCAACCUCUUGGAGAACUGCGGCCGCUAUCUUCUACGCAACCCGGAGACCUCGCCUCGUAUGGCAACUUUCCUCGAGACGCUGCAACGCAAGAAGUCUGUCCAGCACAUUGGCCAAGCCGAACGCAUGCUUAUUGAGAACGCUGUCUACUAUGUCGACCCUCCCGACCGGCCUGCCAUUCAGCAAAAAGAGCGUAACCCUAUGGAGCUGUUCAUUCGCAAGCUGGUCUACAUGGACAUGACUAAGCGUAAUUACAGUAAGAUCUUGAAGCAAAUCCGCAGACUUCAUUGGGAAGAGGCAGAAGUCGUCAGCAUCCUGGAAAAGGUUUUCUCUAAACCCGGCAAAGUCAAGUACGGUAACAUUCACCUCCUCGCCAUUCUGCUCAGCGCACUAUACCGAUACCAUCCCGCGUUUGUGGUGAGGGUUAUCGAUAAUGUUAUGGAAUCCAUUUCCUUCGGCCUGGAGCAGAACGACUUCAAGUUCUAUCAACGGCGAAUUUCUGAAGUCAAGUACAUCGGCGAGCUCUACAAUUACAGGAUGGUCGAGCACCCAGUCAUCUUUGAUACCAUGUAUAAGAUUAUGACGUUCGGCCACGGUGGUCCUCCUAUACCGGGCCGCUUGAAUUCCUUCGAUCUUCCUGACGACUUCUUCCGCAUCCGUUUGAUUGCGACAGUUCUCGAAACAUGCGGCAUGUACUUCGCUAAGGGCGCUGCCGGCAAGAAACUUGACUAUUUCCUCUCCUUCUUCCAGUACUACAUUUACACUAAACACCCUUUGCCGAUGGAUAUUGAGUUCAUCAUCCAAGACACUUUUGCUCUCACUAGACCUCAGUGGAAGCUCGCUUCCAACCUAGAAGAAGCUUCAAAGGCCUUCCAACUCGCCAUUGCUCAGGACCAGAAGGUUUCAGGGGCAGAUAAAAUCAUUGAUCAUGAUGACGCUUCCAUUGGAUCUUCUUCAGACGACGAGGACGGAGAUGCAGACCUACCUGAAGCCGAGGCCGACGAAGAAGAGACUGAUUCUGAGGAUGAAGGCAUCGAGGAUCAAGAAAUCGAUCUCUCACAUCGCGAUUCUGAGAGUGAAGAUGAGGCGAUAGUUGUUACUCGUCAGCAGGAGCAAAUCGAUCCGGAGGCUGAGGCUGAAUUUGAUCGUGAAUAUGCUAAGAUGAUGGCUGAGAGUUUAGAGUCGCGCAAGUUCGAGCGCAAGCCGCUUUUCGAUGUGCCCUUGCCAGUGCGAGGCAAAAACAAGGAAGCGUCGGCGGGAGGAGAGACUGGAGAGGCUCCUGCGCCUGUGCCCAGCAGCACGAUGGCAUUCUCUCUAUUGACGAAGAAAGGCAAUCGCCAGCAGACGCGGACCGUGGAGCUGCCUUCGGACUCAACCUUCGCAGUGGCUAUGAAAAAUCAGCAGCAGGCUGAGAGGGAGGAACAGCAGCGUAUCAAGAAUCUUGUCUUGAAUUAUGAUCUUCGAGAAAACGACGAUCAAGAUGGCCACGACAAGCCGACCUCUUACCACCACAACCGAUCGGAUCGCGGCAAAGACCGCGGCGGACAGAGAGUUCGCAAGCUCCAGCUAAGUGACGUUGACUGGUACGAAUCCUCGGCCAAGCGUGGGAACAGCUUCGCGCAGACACAUUCUUCAUGCUCCAAUGCAGUGACGGACAGAGAUGAAAGGGAGCAGUCAAAGGCUUCCUUGACGCAUCAUCUUCAUAGCGUUGUCGACAAGCGUGGCAAACCAGCUAUGGGCUAG